UUUGAUUUCGGCUGGAAAGGAACGACCCAACAAUGAAAGGAUUGCCAACAACUUACGAUCCGACGGAGCGGAUCUGGAGUGGAGCCAAGCGGGUUAACACCUACUCCGAUGAGACAUCCCUUGGUAGUAUAAUAUUCAAAGUGAUGAAGAACUGGCCCAGAAACGUUUGUCAGAUAAACGAUGUGGAUGGUGUGGAAAUGACCUUUGAGCAGGGGAUUACUUGGGCCAUUCGAAUCGCCCAGAUCCUCAAGAAAAAGGGACUGAAGUAUCCGGAUAUAAUUUGCAUCGCGGCCAGAAACUCUACAUACGUAACUCCUGUGGCAGUGGCAUGUCUUUUAAAUGGAACACCAUUCCAUGCGGUCAAUCCCGUGUCGGACGAAGCCACCUUGAAACACAUUUUCUCGAUAACCAAACCAACUGUGAUAUUCUGCGACGGUCAGGACUACGAGAAACUCCGAGCUUCGACUGAAGGAUGGAAGCCAGAACUUAUCACGGUCACAGACUCCGUUGAAGGAGUGCCCCAUAUCGACAGCCUUCUUGAGCCAACUACCACAGAAAUGUUUUACCAGCCAGAACCUCUAAAGGAAGGAGGUGAACAGACUGCGGCAAUCCUCUGCUCUUCGGGAACGACUGGCUUACCCAAGGCUGUCUGCAUUUCCAACAGAACUCUUUUUAUGGAUAACUUUAUGAUGAACAGCGAAAUGGUUGUGUAUUCCGCCAGUGGUCUAGAUUGGUACAGUGGCCUAAGCUUAUUCCUUUUCAGCACUGUGGUUGGCUGCACCCGGAUUAUAACUAACAAACCAUUUUCACCGGACUACUUCGUCAAGCUUGUUGAGAAGUACAGGAUCAACACAGUUAUUUUGCCUCCACGCCAUAUGUCUACCCUGAUCGCAUUUUCCGGGGCAACUAAAGAAGCCUUCGCCUCCAUUCGUAGUGUGACCUAUGGAGGCGGCUUUACGUCCAUGACCACACUGAAGAAAAUGCAAGAGCUCUGUCCAAAUGCAUUCCUGUGUUCAGGAUACGGAAUGACUGAGGUGGGAGCAGUAUCCUUUAAUAUUGGACUCGGAAAUGUCAACACUGCAGGCAAGCCGAUACCGGGCAUAAGGAUCCGGAUCGUGGACGAUGAUGGCAAGAGUCUGGGUUACAACGAGCAGGGCGAAAUCUAUGUGCACACAGGCCUUCCGUGGAAAGGAUACUUUGGUAACCCCGUGGAGACUCAACGAACGCAGGACUCCGAAGGGUGGUUUCAUACUGGCGAUCUGGGGUACUUUGAUGACCAGAACCAGCUCUAUGUGGUGGACCGCAAGAAGGAGAUCCUCAAGUACCAGGGAAACCAAUACUGGCCCUCUGAGAUCGAGGGCGUCAUCUCAGAGUUGCCCGACGUGGAGGAAGUGUGCGUCAUCAGCAUCUACGAUGAGCAGCAGGGCGAUGCUGCUGGUGCUCUGGUGGUGAAGCGUAAUGGUUCCUCAGUUACCGCUAUAGAGAUUGCGGAUCAUGUGGCCAAGAGACUUCCCUCUAUUCAAAAGCAGCUCCAUGCUGGCGUUCAGUUUACGGACAAGCUACCAUCCAAUCCCAAUGGAAAGAUACUUCGUCGGGUGGCGCGACAGGAAUUCGAUGCGAGAAAGGGGUCUGUGAAAUAAAAUUUCAGGAACCCUCCUGAUAAAAUUAAAAAUUAACUGAUAGUGCCAAAUGAGAAUUUUGCUGUACAAAAUUAGAUCAAUUUAUAUCAAUUAAAAACAAGAGAGAAUGCUGUAGUCGACUUCCCUGACUAGCAGAUACCCUUUACUUAA